GCCACAGCUCCCCGUUCCCAUUUCUUGGAAAAAAUCCAAGCGUUGACGGCGCAGAGAGGAGAGCCGCCUCUCACUCUCUACCCCCCUCCACCUCCCAAAACCAAAAAAUAAAAAUCUCUACUUUUAUUUCCUCUUCAUUGGCUCGCCCAGAAGCAUAUCCAUCAGUUCAGGUACCCGUUCAGAUCAUGUUACGUGCAAAGCAGCUUAGUAACCUCUCUAGUAAUGCAAGGUCAUUUUUUAUUAGUGGAUCACGGUCUAGUGCAGCAGAUGGUAGUUCAUGCACUUGCUCUGAAGAUGAAACCUGUGCUCCAAGAAGGCAGCAAACAAGAAACAGUGUUUUACCUGUACAGAAGGCACCCGCCAUAGCACCCAAAGCUUCUGCAAGUGUAGAAACCUCUGUUUUAGGAGAUGCUGGAAAAUUAUUGGGUCUUCAUAAAGUUGAGAGUGCCGAGCACCCAACUUUGCCACAAGCGGUGUCUGCUCCUAGUUCUUUAGGGAGGACAGUUUGCGUUAGCUAUGCCAGUGGCAUUGAUGCAGUUGAGAAAGAUGUUGUGGACCCUUCAACUCCAAUUUCAGACCAGAUUACGAAAGCAGGUAUUGCAGCAGUUAGUUUUCUAUCUGAUUUGGUAAACUACAAAAUUCCUAUAUCUGAUGGAAGUGGAAUUAACACACCUAAAAACUGCAUGGUUGACCCCACCAGGCCACAUUCCACUCUAAAAUCUUCGAAUGUGAAACCCAUCAAGAGAGAGAACUUUUCUAAAGUUCAUCCAAAACCAUCUCCAGAGGCAGUAGUCCAGUCCAAUAUUAGUAACCGUAACAUUUCAAAGGAUAAAGGUGACAAAUCAAGUUUUAUUGGAAGUUCCAAACAUGUUUCAAAUACUACGUGUGGUAGUUUGGUGGAAACACAGAGCAUUGCUUUGGGUGCAUGUGAUAAAAGGAGAAAUAAACCUCAGAGACCAAAAGCCCAAUCAAAUCAGUUCAUGAAAAAUUUUAAUGCCAAUGUACAGGCUCCAGAUGCAAAGAUUGUGGAGCACUUCUGUGAAGAUCACAGAACAUUCUCAAAAGAUGCUAAAAUUACAGCUGUAAUGGCUACAAAUACCAGACAGUUUGCAAGCAGCAGGCACAUAGUGGAAAAUGUUUCUCAGUUACUCAGACAACUAAGGUGGGGACCUGCAACAGAGAAGGCUCUUGGAAAUCUUAAUUAUUCAAUGGAUGCAUAUAAAGCAAACCAAGUCCUUAAGCAGCUUCAAGAUCAUACAGUUGCUCUUGGAUUUUUCUAUUGGUUAAAACAGCAACCUGGGUUCAAGCAUGAUGACCAUACUUACACAACCAUGGUUGGCAUCCUUGGCCGUGCAAAGGAGUUUCGUGCAAUUAAUAAAUUGCUUGAUCAGAUGGUCAAGGAUGGAUGCCAACCUAAUGUUGUAACUUAUAACCGUCUUAUUCACAGUUAUGGUCGCGCAAACUACCUGAAUGAAGCAGUUAAUGUUUUUAAUCAAAUGCAGAAGGCAGGGUGCAAACCUGAUCGUGUUACAUACUGCACACUCAUUGACAUUCAUGCGAAAGCUGGGUUUCUUGAUUUUGCUAUGGAGAUGUACCAAAGGAUGCAAGCUGCUGGCCUUUCUCCAGAUACAUUCACUUAUAGUGUUAUGAUAAACUGCCUUGGAAAAGCUGGCCAUUUAGCUGCUUCCCACAAGCUAUUUUGUGAGAUGGUUGAACAAGGAUGUGUUCCUAAUUUAGUCACUUAUAAUAUCAUUAUUGCUUUGCAAGCCAAGGCAAGGAAUUACCAGAGUGCAUUAAAGCUUUACCGUGACAUGCAGAGUGCUGGAUUUGAACCUGACAAAGUAACUUAUAGUAUAGUUAUGGAGGUGCUGGGACACUGUGGUUAUCUUGAUGAAGCAGAAGCAGUUUUUUCUGAGAUGAAAAGAAAGAAUUGGGUGCCUGAUGAGCCUGUCUAUGGCCUUCUGGUAGACUUGUGGGGAAAGGCUGGUAAUGUUGAAAAGGCUUGGGAAUGGUAUCAGACCAUGCUCCAUACUGGCUUGCGCCCAAAUGUGCCCACUUGCAAUUCCCUUCUUAGUGCAUUCCUACGCGUGCACAGGCUUGCAGAAGCUUAUAACUUGUUGCAGAGCAUGUUGAAUUUGGGUCUAAGCCCUUCUUUGCAGACAUAUACAUUGCUCCUUAGUUGUUGUACAGGGGCGCACUCACCAUAUGAUAUGGGGAUAUAUUGUGAGCUCAUGGCAGUCACAGGCCACCCUGCACAUGUGUUUCUGUUGUCUUUGCCAUCAGCCGGACCUGAUGGUCAAAAUGUGCGGGAUCAUGCAAGCAAGUUCUUGGAUCUGAUGCAUAGUGAAGAUAGAGAGAGCAAAAGGGGACUAAUAGACGCGGUAGUUGAUUUCCUUCACAAGUCAGGGCUCAAGGAGGAGGCUGGCUCAGUUUGGGAGGUAGCUGCACAGAAGAAUGUAUAUCCUGAUGCUGUUAAAGAGAAGAGUUCUUGCUAUUGGCUUAUCAACCUGCAUGUUAUGUCUGAUGGUACUGCUGUGACAGCAUUGUCACGGACGCUUGCUUGGCUUCGCCGUCAGAUGCUAGUCUCAGGGAUUAGUCCUAGUCGUAUUGAUAUAGUGACUGGAUGGGGCCGACGGAGCAGGGUUACAGGAUCUUCCUUAGUGAGGCAGGCAGUACAAGAAUUGCUGCAUAUUUUCAGCUUUCCCCUUUACACUGAAAAUGGCAAUUCUGGGUGUUUUGUUGGGUGUGGGGAGCCUCUUAGCAGGUGGUUGCUCCAAUCUUAUGUGGAGCGGAUGCAUUUACUGUAAGCAGCUGAUAUUUUAUUUUCGUUGUUGCUUAUGCACAUUUUUGUUGCAGUCUCAUGUGCAUAAUUCUGUAUUUAUGUGUUUCAAGUUACAAGAUACCUUCUUGCUGAUUUUUGAUAGUUUUGCAUUCUGCCGUAGCUCUUGGCUUUUUAGAAACAUUGACUUCUUGUUCUAGUUAUAUUGUGUGCAAGUUCAAUCAUCUAGCUAGUUUUUUUGAGGCCA